GGGGCCUAGGAAGAGUCUUUUUUCGUACGCAAAAAUGGAAAUAAUAAUAAUAAUAAUAAUAAUAAUAAAAACACAAAGCGAGUAUAUAAAGGACACUUGGAUCAAUCAACCCUCUUUAGAUCGGCUCUUCCGCUGGCAAACUCAAGGAGGAGGAUCGACAAAGGAGAGAACUAAGUUGCAGAUUUUACAGUGAUAUGAAAGAUUGCUUGGGUUUUACAUUAAGUGGAAAUUGUAUAUUUGGUUUUAUUUAUAUAGUUAGUGUACAUAAUGAGUAGGCUUCGGAAGGAUGUUAAUGCUUGUAAUGAAGGGAAUGCCCUUAGUAAAACUUGUGCAAGACAAGGUUGUAGUGAGAAUUCUGGUUACCUCGAUCAGGAUAUUUUUCAACUCACAAACCUUAGAUCAGGACCCUGUGACCUUUUGUCCCGGGGUGUGCCUGGCAGGAUGAAACUACCUAUUUCUACAUUGAAAAUGUUGGUUGGGCGAGAGGGUAAUUUUACGGGAAGAGGUAGAUUUACAUCAGCUGAUAGUUGUCAUGUUUUAAGUCGGUAUCUGCCUGUCAAUGGUCCCUGGUGGGUGGACCGGGUGCAAAGUCGAGCAUAUGUUUCUCAGUUUUCAGCCGAUGGUUCUCUUUUUGUUGCUGGAUUCCAGAGAAGCCACAUUAGGAUAUAUAAUGUGGACAGUGGAUGGAAAGUUAAGAAGGACAUCAUGGCUAAAAGCUUGAGAUGGACAAUUACUGAUACCUCUCUUUCACCAGAUCAACGUUUUCUUGUGUAUGCUAGUUUAUCCCCUAUUGUCCACAUUGUGAAUGUUGGAUCUACUGCAACAGAGUCAGUUGCAAACAUUACAGAAAUUCAUGACGGUUUGGAUUUUGCUGGUGAUGAUUAUGAUGAUGAUGUUGGAUUGGGGAUCUUCUCUGUGAAAUUUUCCACUGAUGGAAGAGAGCUUGUAGCUGCAAGCAAUGAUAAUUCUAUACAUGUUUAUGAUCUUGAGGCAAAAAGGCCUAGCCUCCUAAUCCCAGCUCACAAGUCUGAUGUCAACACUGUGUGCUUUGCGGACGAAACUGGGCAUCUCUUAUUUUCUGGCAGUGACGAUCAUCUUUGUAAGGUGUGGGACAGGCGUUGCUUUGUCACUAAAGGAAAAGCAGCUGGGGUCUUGAUGGGACACCUAGAAGGCAUUACAUUCAUUGAUAGCCGUGGAGAUGGCCGUUAUUUUAUUUCAAAUGGAAAAGAUCAGACCACCAAACUCUGGGAUAUACGAAAGAUGGCCUCCAAUGCUACAUACACUCCAAGGCGAAGAGAUCCUGACUGGGACUACAGAUGGAUGGAUUACCCAACGCAUGUACGGGCCUUGAAACAUCCCCAUGAUCAGUCAAUAGCAACAUACAGAGGCCAUUCAGUGUUGCUCACUUUGAUUCGUUGUUACUUCUCUCCAUCGUAUAGCACUGGUCAAAAGUACAUUUACACUGGCUCUAGUGAUGGUUCUCUUUUUAUAUAUGAUCUGGUGAGUGGAGCUCAAGUUGCGAGUCAUCACCAUCACAAAGCUCCAGUGAGAGAUUGUAGUUGGCAUCCGUUCUAUCCAAUGAUGAUCACGUCCUCCUGGGACGGUGUCAUUGCCAGAUGGGAAUUUCCCGGCGGCAAUGAAGAGCCCUCACGAUGGGAGCCGAAUCAUAGAAGACCCUACUUUUGAAAAUCUCUAUUGGUUCUGCAAAUACAGGUUAGAUACUUUGCAAGUUUAUUAAGCCUCUCUCCUGCCUCAAAGAGUGCAACAGUUUGUAUAGGUAAAUUCAUAGAGGUUUUGCUUAAUUUGAAUUCAGCAUUGCAGAAACGGCUGGAAAUAGGCCAUGGUAAAAUUGUGUGAAAAAACCAUUUUGUUUGACCACAAAUGUAUCUAGUUCAGCUCUUUUGCUGCUUCUAUUUUCA